CGGUAAUAUCUGAUAGUGAUAAAUGAAAAGUAUUUAAAUAACGUAAUAGUAACUUUUGUAAUUAUAUCAAUAUAAUCGCUUGUAUGGUAACACGAGUAAUUCAAUAAUUAUAUAAAUUAAAUAAUUAAAGCAUUUAUGCAUAUUUUUAUAUAUAUGUGUAUAUAAAUAUAUGUAUAUAUAUAUAUAUGUAUGUAUGUAUGUAUAUAUAUAUGUAUAUGUACGUAUAAAUAUGUAUCUGUAACAUGGGCAUAGAACAUUCGAGAGAAAAAAAAAUCAAACAUGUUAUCAUCAAUUGUCAAGGAACAUCAAAGUAAACAAGCAGCAAGAAAAGAAAGGCAAGAACAGAAACGUAAGGAAGCUGUUCAAGCUGCUAGCAAUUUAACUCAAGCACUCGUAGAUCAUUUGAAUGUUGGGGUAGCACAGGCAUAUUUAAAUCAAAAGAAGCUUGAUGCUGAAGCCAAACAAUUACAACAUAGUGCAACUAAUUUUGCUAAACAGACACAAUCCUGGUUGAAUUUAAUAGAAUCAUUUUCAAGUGCUUUGAAAGAAAUUGGCGAUGUAGAAAAUUGGGCUCGAAGUAUAGAAGGAGAUAUGAGAACGAUUGCCACUGCCUUGGAAUAUUCUUAUAAAGCUACACAAGAAACUCAAUCUGCAGGAUCAUCUUAAAGGCAUGAAUCUAAAAUUGCCUCAGUUUUACGAAUUUACAAGAGAUAGAACACGAUUUUCUGUUCCCCUUAUAUAACAAGCUGUAAAUUAUUUAUAUAUUAUUAUUUAUGUAAAUAAAGUGAUUAAUUCUUGUUCCUAAGUAGUUA